CCUGUUGCUCUUACUCUCCCGAGCCAGCCAUGGUCUCAACUCUGUGAAUCUUCUUUCUUAAUGGACCUUACAAGUACCUGGUGUUUGGACUUUGCAUGGAGUCAAGAUUCUUAAGAACAAUAGUCCAGGCUGAGAAAUAAUUUUUGCAAUGUAUUUGGAAAACUCUGAGCAGGGUAAAGUCAGCGGGGAGGGGGAGCUUUGCACUGAAGCCAUUCUCUCUGGACAAUGUGCAGUUUCUAAAGUAAAGGGAGCUGCAGGCUUAAGCAACUCUUCAAAGGGAAAUGCUGAACUGGACAUAAAGGCCCUUGUGGAAAACACAGAGCAGAGUGUCAGUGGAGGAAUAGACCCCCCUCUUAUUUGUGUAGAGCGCUGCAACAUCAACAUAGAGCACACUGAAUCUUGCAUGGAUUGUGAAGGACUUGCUGAGAGCUUUGAGCCAUAUUCUUCAAGCGAUGGACUUUUUGAAUCUGACCAGACCCUCGAAGAGAAUGAUUGCACAGGAUUAAGCCAACUAUAUGAUGAAUGUACUCAACACUGUGAGUGUUUUAAAGCUUGCAAGUCCUCUGAGCAUUGUGCUAAUCAUAGCUUAGCCUAUGAAAGUAAUCUUUGCUGUGAACACUGCCCAGAACACCUCCUAUUAUUUCAGCCAUGUAAGCCCUCUGAUCAACAGUCCGAGUCCUCUGAUUUUGAGCCAGAUGAAUUGGAAGCGAACUCUGACAGUUUUAGAGAAUCAGACAUGCCUGGUUUUGUUUCUGAACACACGGAAAACCUCGACUUGUCUCUGGAUCAUCGGUGUGAGGACUCUGACUCGGAGCAGGACCAGUCAACAGAGGAUUCAGAGCAAAAUUUCACACAGAACAUCUCUGACUCAAUGGACUCUUUAACCUGCGCUGCUGACUUCUCUGAAUAUGAUGAAAGUCAGGCUGAAGCUGAAUACACAGACAAUGACGAUGAUAAGGAGGAUGAGAGCUAUGAACAAAACGAGAUGGAGGUCUAUGAUGAAGAAUCUUGCAGAUCAUCAGAGGACACACCUGAUGACACCUAUGAAAGUGAUGUAGGUGUAGAAGAAAACUGUGAGCACACGUUUACGGCUGAUGUCUCUGUAGAUGCUGGCGAGUUGCAUGGGGAUGAUUCUGAGGAUGACCCAAGUCAGCACAGCAACUUUGAGGAGAGUGUAGAGUCCUGCACUGAGGAAGACCUGUCAUCAGAAGACUCUAAAUUCUGUAAGACUUGCCUUGACGACAGUUUUCCUUCUGAUCCCUGCUCCGAUUCAUCCGAGGAAUCUGAUAAAGCAGCUCAGGAUGAUUCAGGCGAUGAGCCAAUGCAGUGGGAAUCGUUUGAUGAGAAUGAUGCAGAAAAGCAUCCAAGCAUCGACGAGAGGAAUGAGGAGGAUAAAAAGAAAACCUCCACUGCUGAUGCUGUUAUUGAGGAUUACUUUGAUUUAUUUGACAGAGCAGACUGCUCUGGACAGGUGUUUUCACAAAAGCAACAUUACAUCUCCUGCUUCGACGGGGGCGAUAUUCAGCACCACCUCCACCUUGAAGAGGAGGCUCAGAAAGAAAGUGUCAAAACAGCUUACAAACUGGAAGAGACAAAUGGGUCAAUUAAAGAACAAGACAAAGAUGUGCACACUGAAGAAUCAACUGAAAUAAAUACCCAAGAAAAUGCUCAGCAUUCUGAAGAUUCAGAGGAGGAAGACUUAAGUCAGAGUUCAGAAAACCAGUCUGAUGACUGGACCCUGAAAUCUGAAUCAAGUUCAACAAAAGAUGAAGCUGAAGACAAUGAAUCUGAAACAUUUGGCCUUUAUCCAGAGUACUACCAGGAGUCUGAAGAUGAUGAAGUAUAUUAUGAUGAUGAAGCCUGGUUAUUUGAUGGACACAUUUCUGAUGAUUACGAUGAAGACCCUGAGUUCUACCAUGACUCAGGCAGGGAGGAGAAGACGUUUGCACCAUGUGCCAAAGAAAUUUCUGUUGAGGGCGAUGUUUAUGAAGAUAAAGUCUCUGCCAGUGAGAACAAUGACUCGAUUGGUGAAGCUGCAACCACAGCGGAUACUGAGAAGACUUCUGAUCUCAAGGACGAUAAGAUUGACAAGCAGGACCCGGAACUGGAUGGUUUUCCUGCAUGUUCAGAGAUGGAGCCUUAUUGGGCACUCAUGGAUAAAGAGCAAACAGGAGAGUGUUUUUCUUCAUGUGCUGAGGAUUACUAUGCAUAUCAGAUCAAAAGCAUUCAGUCUUCAGGUACACAACCAUUGAGCAGAUUUAUUCUAGACAGCAGCUGUACUGAUCAAAUCAGUGCUGGAAAGGCUGAUGGUAAUACUUCUAGGAAUGAAAGUGAAGAUGCUAUUGCAUCCGACGUAGAGCAGGAGGAUGCCGAAGUCUGCCCAGAAGAGGAGUCGUCAGCUGGAUUAGGAAUCACUGUUGUCAAAAUAAUCCCCAACGAACAAAGUUCAGAACUGGACACUGAGCUGCAGGAAACCUCAGAACCUACAUCCCCUCUGGGCAUCAUUCACAGUGUUGUGUCAAAGCAUGAGACCCCGCAAAGCAGGGAUUCAGAGGAGGAGCAGAGUGACGAUGAAUCCAUCGAGCAUUGUGACUGCGAAUACUGCAUCCCACCAACACAGCAGGUUCCAGCAAAACCACUGCUUUCACAAGUAGCAUCAGAUGAUCCAGCAAAGAUCUGUGUCGUCAUUGAUUUGGAUGAAACACUAGUGCAUAGUUCAUUUAAGCCUCUGAACAAUGCAGAUUUUAUCAUUCCAGUGGAAAUUGAAGGGAUUGUUCAUCAGGUGCAUGUACUCAAGAGACCCCAUGUUGAUGAGUUCCUCAAGAGGAUGGGCGAGAUGUUUGAAUGUGUUUUAUUCACUGCAAGCUUAUCCAAGUAUGCAGAUCCUGUGUCCGACCUGUUGGAUAAAGAUGGAGCCUUUCAGAGUCGACUCUUUCGAGAGGCGUGUGUUUACCACAAAGGGAACUACGUGAAAGACCUAAGCCGUUUAGGAAGAGACCUAAAAAGGGUUAUAAUUAUAGACAACUCCCCAGCCUCCUACAUCUUCCAUCCGGACAAUGCGGUUCCCGUUGUUUCUUGGUUUGAUGACAUGUCAGACACUGAGCUUCUGGAUCUUAUCCCCUUGUUUGAGAGACUCAGCAAAGUGGAUGACAUCUAUGAUAUUCUGAAGAAGCACAGGACUUCAAGUUAACAAAGGCAGGAUAUUUGUGUAAAGAACAUCACCAGCAACUGUUGAUAUGGGGCCAUGGAGGCUGGUGAGCCGCAGGCUCCAUCGUGCUUCCCAUUACAAGGACCAGGCUUAAAAAACAGCUUGAAAAAAAAAACACAACUCUCAUUUAAUAUCAUAAUCUUACAAUGUGUUGGAUAAAUCCACCCAUUAUCAUUGAAAUGCUUGAUAGAGACUUACCAUGAGAUGACAUGCCCUCUGUAGAUAACUUCAGAGCAGUGUGUGUGUGUUGUUAUUAUGUGACAGCUGUGACCUUUGUAAGUGUGCAGGAAAACUAGAUUGUGUGAACAGCUGCUAUGUCUUCUACAAAUAGUCCUUGACAAAUGAACUACCAUUUUUAUGUCAGGAUAAUGUAGCAUUUGUACAACAGUAUCAUUAACACUAUCACACAGAUAAUAACACAUCAUAGAAGGUUGUCUCUGUAAUCCCCUUAACAUAGAACAUAAAAAUAACUCUGGGGAGCUAAAGAUUUGAAAUGUACACUUAAACAUGGAAUACAUCUCAAUACACCUGUAGUUGUUGAAGGUUACUUUUAUUUAUACAGACAAAAGCUUUUCUUGAUGCACAGUUUGGACUGAUAAAAUAUCCAAUGAUUUUGAAUAAAAAAAAAAACUAAUACUA